UGGCGACUUGGUAACGGCUGUCUUCACGGAAAGCGGGCUAUUCCCCUUGCUGUGCGUCUGCCCGUUUAACCUCCGCACGCGCACAUAUCGUCUGCUCCUGGGUGAGCUUUUUUUUUAGGUUUUUUUUUUCAGCUCCAUCAACGAAACUGGGAAUAAUUUUUAGAUUAGCUGCCACCCCAUUUCAAGGCUCGAACAAACUCAUACUUCGACCUACUUGGAAAUCUACUCAAUCAAUUAUUCGUGUGGCUCCUUUUGAAACAGUUAAACAAAGGGACACACAAAAAAAAAGUUCUUUUUAUGGUUUGUUUUAGAGGGACUUUAGGUUUAAGUAGUGAAUUUAAUAGUUAACAAUGUGCAAUCCUUUUUGAUACCAACACAAAAUCUUAUGUGCGCAAGUUUCAAAUUUUUGAAACUUAGUUUAAAAAUUUCUUUUUAACAUAGAAAAAACAACAACGAUUCCACUGGAUUAAAUUGUAUGUGAUUUUUUUGUUUGACUGGUUCAGACAAUAAAACCAGAACAAUAAAGAAACAAAGAAACUGCAGUUCUUGAUGUCAUCAUGGAAAUUGGAUUCUGUGGAUUGAAUUUAAUCCCUAUUAAUGUAGCCUGCUAACAUAAGUUAAUUUAAACAUUCUGUGAAUAAAUUUAAGGUAAUACUUAUUACAUAAUUAUAACGGCUUUUUCCCAUUUUGAAAACUUGAAGACAAAUAGCCUUGAGAGUAUUUCAAAAACUAUAUCAGGUGUUGAAGGUUGUGCCUUUUGAUUACAAAGUAACCAACAGAAAUCUGAUUUAAGCUCACAUUGGAUCGCCUAUACAAAUAUAGUCCUAAACAGAACAACAAGGCUGUGUGCACGGAGAGCAAGAAACAUUUCUUAAGAAAACCCAAGCUACAUUGAAACAAAAUAGUUUGAGGAUCACUGGGUGGUAAGAGCAGAAAUGGCCUACAGUUUUCAAGUGACCACAACCGGACUGUCAGGUCUGACCGAUGCCAUAGCGCCAUCAAACAGAACGAAUCACUCCCAGCCAGAUACAUUUGACUCAUUCGCUUACAAGGUUCUCGUCCCUGCCGUCUGGUCCAUUAUAGUUUUAAUUGGCGUCCUUGGCAACAUCAUCGUUGUCUUUACCAUGUGUAAACAUGGCGGCCGAACUAUGUCUAGGUCGGCUACCAACUGUUACAUUAUCAACGUUGCUUUAGCAGACUUGGCCUUCAUCGUCAUUGUGGUCCCUAUCACCACCGCAGCGUUUGUGACUGAGAGUUGGCAGCACGGGGAGGCCAUGUGUAAAUUUAACCAGUAUAUCUCUUAUGUGACUUUGUUGUCCACUUGUUUAACAUUGACAGCUAUGACCAUUGACCGCUACUUUGCCAUAGUUCAUCCCAUCAAAUCCAUGAAAAGUCGGACACCCAGAGUAGCGGUCAUUAUAUGUAUAGUCAUCUGGUUCGCCUCUUCAGUCGUGUGUUCUCCUUACCUGGUCAUCCCAGAGCUUCGCCAGGAGAACGGCUCAGGGAUAGUUAUACUUGUGUGUACUCUGGUCUGUUCCAAGUCUGCCCAGAAGGCGCUAACCAUCGUGGUGGUAUUGGUCACGUAUGUCGUUCCCCUCACGGUCAUCAUAGUCAGCUACAGCCUCAUCCUCAAGUACCUCUGGAGGCAUAAGAUUUCAGUACGCAGAGAUUUUAAUCAGAAUUCGGAGUCAAGUGAACCAGUAAUGGGUGGCGGCACAACCAUGGCCCGCAGGAGAAAGAAAGUUGCCAAGAUGGUGGCAGCUGUGGCCAUCCUAUUCGCCAUUACCUGGCUGCCCAUUCACCUGUUCAACCUGGUCUACGUGCUGAUGGAUGAAAGCUUUCCGAAGAGCAAACCCAUGUACGACUUGAAAAUCUUCGCCCACACCCUGUCGUACACCAGCAGUUGCGUCAACCCUUUUAUCUACACCAUCAUGGGAGACGGCUUCCGCAGGGCCUUCCGAGAGUCGAUCCCCAUCUGUCGAGGCUCGCCGUCCAGCUACCAAAGGCCAAGUUACCCUCGGAGAAGUGGGAGCACUAUUGAGACGAAGUUUAACGGCGAGUGAAAGUGGGUCACACCAGGCGUCAGAGCACAACUUGAAAGUCUUCAAACCAGUUUUUCUUGGUUACCUUGGAUUACUUUAUCACAGUGACAGAAAGCUUUAACAGUAGUAAGCUAUCUUAAUGCUGGCGUUGUGUGGAAUAACGGCAUGGUGUAACCAAAAUGGAACGGGAAUUUAAAGUGGGCGACUUGUUUUGAAGAUGGUUACUGUGGUUACUUAAUUAUCAAAUAAUGUGACUAACGAAAAAAACGGUUUGUUUUAAUUUCAACGGUUGUUUACAACACGGCCCUUUGUUUCUGUGAUGGCCUUUGCUUACGAGAUUUGGAUGAAUCUCAUUUGUCCACGAUUGCUCUUUUGUAACAUUGAUGUCAGCGUACUCCUGCUAGAGCUCGAGCUGGCGGUAAAAACAUUUAAAUAACCAGCCUCGUCCACACUGGACAGAAUCUCAUACGAACAUACAUUGUCAGUAGGUAAAAGCGUACACAUUUUGUCUAGAGUGAUUACCCAGUCAAUACCCAACUGUAUGUGGGAGACGCCUAAGACUGACACAUGAGCACGAGUGUUAAUUAUUUUCACUUGUAAAUUCUAAGAGAAAUGAAACGAAAAUGGAUUUACAUGUACAGUCUGUAGCAGUUCAUUUCUAUCUUUAUGUUUAUUUUGUCAAGGAUAGAAAGUAUUUUCUAUGUACGUAAUUAUGUCAGUAACAUACUAAAUGUACCACAUUCCUCUAUAUCUCAUUGUGCCUGCUAUUCAUCUAUUUUAUCAUCAUACACUUAAAAUAAUGAAUGUAAUAAAAUAUAACAUUUCUUUUACAAGUACAAUAUGUUGAAGGCAGCACUUAACAAACACCCAAACCAAGACAGAAGACAUAUAGCAACUAGAACAGAACCUGUAGAAAAUACAAGCAUUUCAGAAACAAGAAAUCUAAACAUUUCUGGCGUUAUAGGAAAAUAUGUUUACAUUUUGGUCGUCAGUUUUCUAGUUGCUAACAACAAACUCCUGGCUUGUUUCCUUUCACGGACUAAAUGUCGUUGUCCUCUAAUGAGCGAGCGUUUUAAGUUUGUAUUUGAAAAUUGAUAAGUCAAGGGAAGUGAUGAGCACUGAGACGUGAAUAACAUCAACAGAGUUAUAGCCCAUAGUCACAAUGUAAACUUUGAUCUUAGUAUUCACAUUGUUACAUAGGUCAGGGAUGAGCAGACAUUUUCUACGGAAGGCAGCAUUAAACAAAUUAAUGCUACAAUCUGGCUACAAUGUAUGGGAAUGUUACUUGAACUAUUCUGAAACCUAACAAGCAAUGUAUCUGAUCAAUUACAAUCACGACAUCUUUUGGUUUGAAACUUGUACUCUUACUAAUUCUCAAAGAUGGUUGUGAAGUCUGAUCUUCGCUUUAAAAUGACCAUUAUACUCAAGCCACGAGUAGUAUGGUCUAUAGUUAAUUAACACACACACACACAGUCACAGAUUGUCCAUACUUUCUAAUAACUUACUAAUAAUACUAUGUAUUACAGGAGUUUCAUUAUCACAAUAAUAUAAAAUAAAAUGACCGCUUUUUCCCAGCGCUA